AAAUGAUGUGUGAAGUGAUGCCCACGAUAAACGAGGACACCCCAAUGAGCCAAAGGGGGUCCCAGAGCAGUGGCUCGGACUCGGAUUCUCACUUUGAGCAGCUUAUGGUGAAUAUGCUAGAUGAGAGGGACCGUCUCUUGGACACACUUCGAGAGACGCAGGAAAGCCUUUCUCUGGCCCAGCAACGCCUCCAGGAUGUCAUCUACGAUAGAGAUGCUCUCCAGCGGCAGCUCAACUCUGCACUGCCCCAG